AUGGGCUCCGUGCUGCCCGCCGACGCCCUGGCUCUCAAGUCUGGAUUUAAGUGUCCGAGCCGCGCGCUGUCGGACGUGAUCACCUCGGACAUCCUGCACAGCUUCCUGUACGGCAGGUGGAGGAACGUGCUGGGCGAACACCUGGCGGAGGAGCGGCACAGCGGCACCGGUUGCAGCCCCAAGACCGCGUUCACCGCCGAGGUGCUGGCGCAGUCCUUCGCUGGAGAGGUGCAGAAGCUGUCCAGUCUGGUGCUGCCCAGCGAGGUGGUCAUUGCGCAGAGCUCCAUCCCGGGAGAAGGUCUGGGCAUCUUCUCAAAGACCUGGAUCAAGGCCGGGACAGAGAUGGGUCCUUUCACUGGGAGAGUCCUGUCCCCUGAGCACGUGGACCUGCUCAAGAACAACAACCUCAUGUGGGAGGUGUUCAAUGAAGAUGGCACGGUGCGUUAUUUCAUCGAUGCCAGUCAGGAGGAUCAGCGCAGCUGGAUGACCUACAUCAAGUGCGCCAGGAACGAGCAGGAGCAAAAUCUGGAGGUGGUGCAGAUCGGCAGCAGCAUCUUCUACAAGGCUGUGGAGACCAUCCCCCCAGACCAGGAGCUUCUCGUCUGGUAUGGAAACACACACAACACGUUCCUGGGAAUCCCUGGAGUUCCUGGAAUAGAUGAAGAGCACCUGAAGAAAAGCAGGACUGAUGAAUCCCACUCCUGUGAGGGCCCUAUCUCAUGCUCUCCCACUUCCUCCUCCUCUUCCUCCUCAUCCUCGUCCUCCUCUGCGGGUCGCAUGCGCUGCGUCAUCUGCCACCGCGGCUUCAACUCCCGCAGCAACCUGCGCUCUCACAUGCGCAUCCACACCCUGGACAAGCCCUUCGUGUGCCGCUUCUGCAACCGCCGCUUCAGCCAGUCGUCCACGCUGCGCAACCACGUCCGGCUGCACACCGGCGAGCGGCCCUACAAGUGCCACGUGUGCCAGAGCGCGUACUCGCAGCUGGCGGGCCUCAGGGCGCACCAGAAGAGCGCGCGGCACAAGCCGGUGGUGUCCAACGCCGACGUGCCCUCGCGUGUGUCCCCUCCUCCCCCACAGAUGACGACCAUGGUCCACCAGCACCAGAUGCCCCUGGUGCACCACAUCCCCACCAUGGUGCUAUGACGACACCACCACAGAGGGACAGUCGCUCAGAACAACGUUGCACUUUAGAUUAGAGCUGUUGUGGAGGAGAGGAGGGGGGCUCCCGAUGAGACAGGUCUUUAUUAAGGAAAUAAAUGAGUUCAUGUGAAAGUAAAACAUCACACAAAGACAUUUCAUUUGUUUUUUUAUUCCAGCAGAAAGACGUUUUAAAGGGUUUUUAUUGGGAAACUGAAAUGUACUGAAGAAACACCACUGUCCAGAUUUUAUUAAUAAUUAUCAGUGUCGGAUCUUAUGAAAAUGUGUCAAAUAUCAAAUGAGAGAUGAGAUAUUUUCUACACUUUUACAUCAUGUUUCUGAUCCUCACCAGCUCAGGUGAACAGUUCCUUCAGUCAGAGGUUUGUACAGUUUCCACCUCGUCUUCAUCGAUCCACACUGUAAACUCAACAUUUGUCACUUUAACCCUGUACAGACUUUGGAGAACGCCGUUAUUGUAAAGUUGAA